GGGACGUCCCAAGCAUCCCAUAUAGCAUUUGCCUUGCAAACAUGGCGGCCUCUCAACAGGAGCAAAACAGCAGGAACGUUCCUGUUGAUGCAUCCACAUCUAAUGCACAUCAACAACAAGGAGAGAGGAAAUCAGGGGCUAUAUCUUUUGGUUUUAGCAAAACUGUAAGUAAAUUAAAAUCUAGUCGGGAUGAAGCUAUCAACGCAGAUGAGCGAGAUUAUUUAACCGGAGUCGAUGGGAAAGAAUUGCUAAGUAUCAAGCCUGUGGAGAAGCCGAAGGAGCUGAUCAUUCCACUCAUCCAAAGGAAUCGCUGGUGCAGCAGGCAGGAAAACAGAGCUGGCCAGGUCCAGGGGCACGGUGAUGGAGGGGGGGAUAAGGCCAAAACACAACCCCCCUCUCAGGAGCAGGACUCUGUGGAAUCACAGGCUGUCAAAGAAAUUAUUGAAGAAUCUCAGAGGCAGCUUGACCAGUGGAAAAAUGGGGACCAAGCAGACCCCAACCUCACCAUCCCCCUGCUGAUGCAGAACCAGGCUCCACAGGGGUUUGAGGAUGGAGACCACAUCAAGGUGGACCUGCGACCAGAGUCUUCCACAGAGGCAGACUAUGACAGUGUUCCUGUGGAGGUGUACGGGUUAGCCAUGCUGAAGGGGAUGGGCUGGAAGGCCGGAGAGGGCAUCGGGCGGACCUUCAAACAGGAUGUGAAGCCUAUAGAGCAUCAGCUGAGGCCGAAGGGUCUGGGUCUGGGAGCUGACCGCUCUGCUAUACGGGACCUGGAGCCCAGUGGGCCCCGGAGGCCUCCCAAGCCAGGUGAUGAGCGGAAGGAUGAGACCCUGGUCCUGGGGCCUGGAGGCCAUGUGCUGGUGGAGUCUGGAGCACACAAGGACCUGUACGGGAAGAUUGAAGGAGUUGAUCCGGACAAUGCACGAGUAGUGGUCAAGCUUGCGAUUGGUAGCAAGACUGUGACAAUCAGUCAAUAUGCACUGAAACUGGUUGACCGCACAGAAUAUGACAAAAACGGCAAAGACCUCAGUCGCCUCAGCAGGGCCCACAAAGACAAGGAGAAAGAGAAGGAGCGGCAGAGACGGGAGGAGAAAGAGAGGAGGAGUAAUAAGGAAGAGGAGAGGAAGAAAAGUAGAUCUUCUGAGAGGGACAGGGAUGGAGGGAAGGACCAGAGGAAAAGGAAACACCGGGAUUCUAGUCAGGACAGAGAGAAGCCCCAGGCAAAGCUACCUCCUGCUGCCCCCUCCUGGCUCCAGAGGGACCUGAAAGUUCGCUUUGUAGAUAAAGCCUUCAAAGGGGGAAAAUACUACAAUUCAAAGAUGCGAAUAGAGGAUGUCUUGUCGCCAAACAUCUGUGUGUGUCGUACUGAGGAGGGCAGAUUCUUAGAUGAUGUGAAACAGACGAUGCUGGAGACCAUUGUGCCAAAGACCGACUCUGAGGACAUCAUGGUUGUACUUGGCGAACACAGGGGGCAGAUAGGUCGUAUUCUCCAGAGGGACCGAGACAGGAGCAGAGCCAUGGUGCAGCUGGACAGAUAUGAGGAGAAAGUCUUCACCCUGGACUAUGACUCCAUCUGCCAUUACGUAGGAGGGGGAGAUCACUGACACCCUCUGCUUUUACCAUAUAACUAGUGAUGUACUGUUAAAAUAUUGGUGGGGGAAUAAAGUAACUCUCCCUAUACGUUCAAUGCAUUUUUCCCCACAUUAGGUGGGUAAACGCUUGCGCAAAAUUAAGAAGUUGCGUAAACCGCAAGAGCGUUUAUCCUCCACUUCAACACUGAUCUCAACCUGCCCCAAACAUGUCGUUUUCAUUUUACAAAGUUUGGUCAUAAAAUGCAAGAGUGUGUAUGUACAGUGAGUAACUUUUGUCAGUGUAUCUUUGUAAUAAAAUCAUGUCAACAGCAAA